AUGACUGAACCAACUAGUCGCCAAUUAAUUAGUGAAUGGAUACAUCAAGAAAAAUACAAUCAUAGAGGCGAAACAAAACGUAAAUUUUAUGCCGAUCUAGCUCAUUCAAAAGGUGUUUUGAAAGUAGCUGCAGCCGAUUCAAAAUUAAAUGAAGAAACCAGAAAAUGGGUUGCAGGUUAUCAAGCAGCUAUGGGUGUACCAGAUGAAGUCUUAGACUUAGCUGACAAAUACAAACCAAAUGUUGAAGAUGGCACAGUUCCGUAUCAUUCAAAAAGUGGUCUUGAACAUGCUAAAUAUGGUCAAUCCUGGAUUUUCUAUGAUGCUUUUUGUGCAGCAUCAGCAGGCGGAGAAUUAACUCCAGAGAAAAUCACUGCUAUUUAUGCAAUAGCUAAAAAAAUGAUUAUUGCCGAAGAAAAAAUCAAACAAGUUCAAGAAUUAUUUGAAGCUGAAAUAGAAUUACGCAAAAAACGUUUACGUGUUUUAUUUCCUAAUGGUAUUUAUGCAGCUGUGAAAGAAGUUGAAUUGGAACAAUGA